AUGAGCCAGCCAGACCCCGAACUGGGCGAGGCCAGCGCCCCAGUCCAGCCAGAUGAGAAUGGGUCCUUCAAGCACUUCUCCAAUGUGGUCCGGGUGGUUAUGGUAGGUGUAGUCUAAUCUGAUCUUGCAACCGGUUUCUCAGUUGGCGAGGAAUUGGCUCCUCAGUGUACACGAACGGUCCCCCGAUCUUGAUCAAAUCCAACGUCAGAAAGAAAACCUUGACGCGGUCUUCGCCCUCCAACCCGUGGCCUCCAAUUGCAUCGAACCUCCUCGAAACAGACUUCCCGUCGAAUUGUCAUCCACUCAAUUUGAGAGCACAACCAAAGACACAGUGGUCUCCUGUGAGGGUACUACUGCGUCGGUCGAUGAUACGAUUGCUUAUGACAAUGAUGCCUAUUCGGUGGAGGAAGAAAAGAAAGAGGAGAGUUUGCAAGCGGGUAACCAUACGGCUAAUAACAUUACUAAUAAUGCUAAUGGGGACACCAAGACCAACAACAAUUCCCCUGUCGUCUUGUCUGCCAUCACACCAUCUAAUCCACUGGCUGUGGCUAGACCUCCGUUUGUAAAACGAUUUAAAAAUUAUGCCGAUAAAUUAUGGAAGACCAUAAAGUGAGUAUAACGUACAAAAGACGGGCGAACUCAUAGAUUUAAUUAAAUAAAUUGAAAUUUUCAGAUCCGCUCCCACAGAUACCGUGGAUCCGGCCAAGGGACCUUAUUAUUACUGGACUUUUGUUGUUUACAUUGCCUUUUUAUAUAACUGUCUGAUGUGUGUAAUGUUUGUUUUCGAUGAUAUGCAGGGAGAAUUCUUCAAAUACUGGUUUGCUUUUAACAUGGUAUUCGACGGGGUCUACUGGAUGGACAUGUUCAUAAACUCCAAAUUAAACCACAUAGAAGACGGAAUGAAGGUGCGGGGAUGGAAACGGCUGCUGAAACGAUACGUUAAGAGGUCAGUGUGUUAUUUUGGGGAUACAGUAGGCACUAGUACAAAAAGAAGAGGCCAGGGCCGACUACAAAAGGCUACUUGAAAGAGGGAAAGUUGUUGUUGAAGGUAAAUGAAAGACCGUUUCGAAAGUAUACUACAAGCUUUAAAAUACCACAAUUACAGUUUCCGAUUUGCAUGUGACCUUCUUAGUUCACUGCCAACUGACUUCAUACUGCUCUGGAAUAGGAAAUAUUCAAUCUGCCGGGCGAAUCGACUGCUCAAGUUUUAUCGGGUACUUGAUUUUGUGGAACGAACUAACAUACGAACCAACUAUCCCAAUGGGUUUCGUAUUUUCCACAUCAUGGUGACUUGUGCCGUCAUCUUUCACUUAAAUGCUGCUCUCUACUUUAAAGUUAGUCUCAUUACUGGCAUUGAAUGUAAGUAAUGGUUAUAGUUAUUAAAUUAUUUGAAUCCAAAAGUUGUUACCUCAGAUUGUGUUGCUGCAAUGUCUAAAAAAGUUAAUUUUUGAGAAGCAAAUCCUGAGAAUUUGCGUGAAAGUCGGGCUGAAGAGACCAAGUUUUUCUACCAAUUACAAAUGAAUGCCUGAAUGUGUUAAUCCCUGCAAAGAAAAUAUUAAAUAUAUUUUCAGCUACAAAUUUUGGUGCCUGGGAGUUUAAUUAUGUGAAGAAUCAAGACGUACUCAUGUCCAGCUGUAAUAUGCUCGAUCCCGAUGACCACUGUGGAGUCACCGAGACAGAAGAUGACAUAUCUUACAGACAAGACGAACUCCUUAAGUAUACAACUUACUGGAAUCAGCAUCUGGAACCUCUUCUGUUCUCGAAUUUUGCCAAACAGUACUCUCUGAGUAUUUACUGGUCGUCUCUGACGCUGACAACCUCUGGCCAACAACCCUUCCCCACAGCAACCGCUCACAAUCUUUUGGAGAUUGUUGACACCAUCUCUGGAGUGCUAGUGUUUGCCGUAAUCGUCGGUUCUGUGGGUAAUGUGGUUGUCACAAUGAACAAAGCAAGAGCAGAAUAUCAGAAUCUGAUGGACGGGAUCAAGUUUUAUAUGAAUUAUCGACAAGUGGCCAGCGACAUUCAAUCGAGAGUCAUGGAUUGUGUUGAAUAUAUUCACAAGAACAGCUCAUUCCAAGAUGAAUCUGUAAGCUUAUCAUGGACCUCUUGUAUUUCAUUCUUGUAGGAAAUCCUCUCAGCUGUGCCUAGAAGAUUACAAGGAGAACUGGCCGUGCAUCUGCAUAUGGAAAGUUUGAAGAGCGUAGAACUUCUUCAAGAAUGCGAGCCCUCCCUCUUAUACGAAUUUGUGAUGCAUUUGACUAUGCAAAUGUAUGGGCCGAAUGAUUAUCUCUGCAGAGUUGGAGAUGUGGCAAAAGAAAUGUAUAUUGUAAAACAAGGUACCUUGGAAACAAUAUCCGGGAAUGGGGAUACAGUAGCCGUGUUGAGAGAAGGCGACACUUUCGGAGAGUUAUCUCUACUCAAGAUCUCGGCCAAAGCAAAGACCAAUCGAAGACAGCGAUCGUUAAGAUCCGUGGGAUACACGGACGUCUACCAUCUGAGACAAGAGGAUGUGAUCAACAUUUUACGGGAUUAUCCCGAAUCUCGUGAGAGGAUGAUAAGAAAAGGUAGGACUUUCGAAAUGGCUCUGAACCAAGAGAUUGGGAGGAUGGGAAAGAAAGAAAGUAUUAUGGACUCACCACAUUUCAUCAUUUAAAAUCUAUAUAUAACAUACUCUAAUAGAAAAAAACUUUUAACUUUUUAGAACAUACCAAAGAUCAUCAAUUGAAAAUUAUUACAAUUCGAUUUCAGCAAAAGAAAUAAUCAAAAAGAAAACAAAAAUAACCGGAGAUUUGGAUGAUCCGGAGACCUUAUCUCAGCAAUUGGAAGGUGUGAAUACCAUCGAAGACUCCCUUUCUCUACUUCGAUCAACCAUUGAGAGCAUCGACGUUGCACUCUCCGACUUUUAUGACAACUUCAAAGUAAGUCUUCUUGUAUAAAAGUACUUCCUCUUGUCAUCAUUUUAAUAUCAAAUUUCUUUCAGAUUAAUGCUUCGGACAGCAAAAAGCGGGUAACGAAUCUGGAGAAACUGUAUCGUGAGAAGUAUCAGAGGUCUUGA